GAAUCGAUCAGCAGUCUCAAGCGUCCAACUAUCGAGAUCGACCAAGGGCCGACAAACCGCGACCCAUACUGUCCACGUUCAACGGCACCGAUCCGAAGGCUUGGCUCAACUGCGUUGUUCAAUACUUCGAGCUCAAUGAAACCGAUGGCCAUGAUCGAGUAAGGUAUGCAGCAUACUAUCUUGAUGGCGAGGCUAUUUUAUGGUGGCAAUGGCUCACAAGCGUUUACCGCAACCGACAGCGAGUCAUCACAUGGGGCGAUUUUGAGCGAGAGUUACUCACACGCUUUGGUACAUCCGACUAUCACAAUUAUGAUGAGGCGCUGACUCGUAUAAGGCCGACAGGUAAUUUACGUGAUUAUCUGAAGGAGUUUGAGCGUUUAGCAUGUCGAGUACAGGGCUGGCCCGAAACUGCAUUAGUAGGAGCAUUCAUAGGCGGUCUGAAGUAUGAUCUUGCGGCUGAGGUACGUCUGGAGCGACCAGAGACCAUGCACGCCUCUAUGGAAGUCGCCCGACGACGCGAGGACCACCUAGCGGCCACGCGAAGGGGACGGGCGGACAUCUGCUUCACCGACACAUGCCGCGCAGGCCCGAGCCAACCGACCGCGGGCACACGACCGGCCAUCAGCGCUCGACCACUGGGGCCAGUAGUCAAGAAACUUACACUUGAGGAGAUCAAACGCCGACGUGAAAAAGGUCUUUGUUUCAAGUGUGAAGAAAAAUUCAUGCCAGGUCAUCGAUGCAAGCAGGCUUUUGUCAUAGAGGUCACCAACUCCGAUGAGGAAGAGACUGAGAUUGAAGUGCACGAGGAAGAAACUGAAAUCUCGAUGCAUGCAAUGGCUGGGAUUAGAGGGCCAAGGAUGAUGCGACUACCAGCGUGGGUCAAGGACCGUCGAGUGGUCGUACUCGUGGACAACGGGUCAUCACACAACUUCAUCAAUGCCGACUUGUCCCAGAAGCUGAAGUUACCAACCACGAAGAUUGAGCCCUUUGAAGUUCGGGUAGCCAAUGGUGAGAGGCUACGGUGCACCGAGUCAUUUCGUGGGGUGCCGACCAAGUUCCAAGGGGUUACUGUGAAGGCCAAUCUCUAUGCCUUACCCCUGGUCGGACCCGACUUCGUUCUAGGAGUACAAUGGCUCGAAGGUUUAGGAAAGGUGACCACCGACUACCGAACUGGGAUCAUGGAGUUCCGAUCUGGAGAUCAGCGACUCACUCUGAAGGCUGGCAAAGAUAAAGGUACCAAGGAGGUAGGAUUAAAGAGUAUUGAAAGA